GUUUUUCGGCAAGAGAUCCGACAAGCUGAAGCAGCUGGAAAGGGUAUAGAAGCAAUGAAAGAGGAAGAAGAUGCCGAAUUUAAUCGCCUGAUUGCUGAAAAUGAUCGAAUCAAUAAGGAAAAGGUCCGUGCUGCUAUUGCUCGGAGUCGAGAUUUUGUCGAUAAAACGAAUUUGGAGGCCAAGAUUAUUGAAGCCCUUGAGAAUCCCAAAGUUUACGACUUUGCCAUCGAUCGACAAGGCAAUAAGUAUUAUGAUCCUAAACCUGUGAAGUACCAAGAAGGAGUGCCCACACGACAGAAAGGACGACUUUUUGACAAAACGUUAGGGAUUCCACAGAAUGCCGGGGAAGCAGAGCAAAAGCAGGGAACAAAAGCGGCUGGCGUCUAA